AUGGUUCGUUCCAACCACAGCCGUCCUAUUCCCACGCAGGUCUGGGAGAAACACAAAUUCACCAUAUAUGAACUCUAUGCGAGGCUGCCCCUGGAUCAAGUCAUGGCUGAAAUGCAACAGAAACACGACUUCGCUGCAACGGCGCAGCAAUACAAGCGACAACUAGGGAAAUGGGGUCUGCGCAAGAACGUCUUGACUGAGUUGGACGUCAUUGACGACGAAUCAAUCGCACGUGGAGGCAAGGUCUCCCAACGCCAGGUCCGUCGCUAUCAGAGGACAAAAGAGCUGAAAACACAGAAGCCAUCAAAGCCAAAACCGGCCACUCAACGUACUACCCGCUCACGGUCCACUCAGAAGCGAAGUGCGCUUUGA